CCCAAUUCCCAUUACCUUAGGAGCUGUAUAUCUUUGUCUCCCUUAAACCUCAGAACCUAAAACCCCGCAACAACUAAUCACUCUUUAACAACAUUGCAUUCACAAUCUUGAGGUCUUUGCAACAAAAUAAAGCUAGCUGCAAAUGGAAAUUUGCCCAGACUGUGGAAUGUUAUUGCAAUAUGAGUUGCCUUAUAUGGACCGUCCAGCCAGAUUCUUUUGCCGUGCGUGCCCUUUCGUAUGUAACGUAGAGAGCCGGCUUAGGAUCAAGAAAAGGCAGCCUUUGGUUAAGAAACAAAUGGAUCCAGUGAUUUCGACAGAUGACAUGGACAAUGCUUCGACUGCUGAAGUGCCGUGUCCAGCGUGUGGUUACAGGGAAGCAGCAUAUUAUCAAGUGCAGAUAAGGUCAGCAGAUGAGCCAAUGACUACAUUUUACAAAUGCAAGAACAAGAUGUGUGGAAACAAUUGGAGAGAAGACUAAAAUGGUUUUAGGACAACUGUGUCCUUCUAUAGUACUACUUGGGACCAUAUCUCGGUUUCUGCAAAUCAUCCUUGCGCAAGUAAGGGACAUGCUGAUCUUCUUUGUGUCGUUCCAAUUUAAUCGGUGUCCCCAUAGGGAUCUGUGUUAUGCAAAAGUUGUGUACUCUUAAGUCCAAAGUUUGAUCCCAAGAGUCUAAUUUGAACGUGUAAUUGCUAUGAAAUUUUUGUCACAAAUCACCAAUGUUUUUACAAGAUGUUGAUAUAA